CUCUGUACACGAUACCCACGUUGGACGACAUGUUUGUGCAGGACAGGGAUCUGGCACUCUGUUGGUUUCUUGCCACCACCAACCCGUUCCGGGAUCCCCGAAACGACUCUGUCCAGCGCAUCGGCAGUAGCGAGAACGACACAUGCGGAUUCGUCGACUACCGCUCCACCUUUAGCCUUGGCUCGUUCACAGGUUUCCCUGGGGACCUCAAUCGAUCCCACCUGUUGUGCUUGGACAGCCCGCAGCUCCCGCGGUAUGUCAAGGGCCCGUGCUGUCGAGCCUUUCUCGCAAGUGUGCUCCAAAACACCACCGCGCAGCUCGGCAACUCCAAAUCGACCGAGCUCUACGAGCACCAGCGCAACAUCGUCAUCACUGCGGCCAGUCUGACCGGGGCCGUGAUGCUCGUCGGCGUGGUCGUCUUUCUGGUGAACAAGUACCGAUCUUCGUGGCGGCGGCUCAAAGAGGUGAGCGUCCAGAAGGCCAGUGCCGAGCUGGCGCUCAUUGAAACCACCAGCCAGCCCGCCCCGGAGGCCUUCACCAAGAAAUGGGUUGUCAUCAAGCCCUAUCAGGCCGUGCGCGAGGACGAGAUCGACCUCCAUGUCGGAGAUAUCGUCGUCCUCAUGAGCGUCUUCAACGACGGUUGGGGCCAUGGCCUCAACGAAACGCAAAACACCGUCGGCACCCUGCCGGUCAUCUCCUUAUCGCCGUACGGACGGAUGCCCUCAACCUCAUCAUGGGCCUCUUCAACCUGUCUAUGAACCCCCCCCCUCAUUUCGAGAAGAAGCGCCCGUAAUCUACCCGUCCCCCAUCAUGUCUACCUCUUGCUGCCAGUUCCAAAAUAGAAUUAUAGAACAUU